ACAGGGAUCGGAGCGAGGCUGCUGGAGUCAGAUUAGUGUUGUUGUAGGGAGGGAAAAUAAAAAAAAAAUCCUCAAUUCAGGUUCACACGCUGCAACCUCUGGAUUAAAAACACCGCAGUGUUUUCUCAGGCGUUUCCAACAGGGAGGACGGCACUGAAAGGAUUUGCGCAAAUCGCUGUUAUAGAAGUUUGUACGCGGAGUUUCGAGAGUAGUUUCGGGUGGGCUGACCGAGCUAGCCCGGCUGCCCGCUGUGCCUCCCUCCUGUCACGGCCAGCCAGCCGUAAGUGAGCCCGCUGUCCUGCUCUCCUUCCAGCUGUGGUGAAUCAUGGCGCUCAAAGCCAGAGCGCUGUACGACUUCAACUCUGAAAACCCCGGCGAGGUGUCGGUGAGGGAGAAUGAAAUCCUAACUUUGUACGGCGAAAAGGACAUUGAGGGCUGGUUGGAAGGGGUGAACAGCAAAGGAGAAAGGGGACUGUUCCCCGCUUCGUACGUGGAGAUCUUGAGGAACGACGCCGCCUCCACGGUCAACAACAACAGCUGCAGCACAUCUGGGAACGCUUACCUGGACUCCAGAUACGCAAACAUCCCAUCCGGGGGGUUUGACGGCUCUCAUAAACCUAAAGUUGAUAACUUAUCUAAACCGUCUGCUCCUGCUUUCGCCACUUUCUCUCAGCCUCUGCAACAGCCGCAGCAUCACAGUUACCAGCAGCCCAGCCAAGGGAGCGAUGAUGACUGGGAUGAUGACUGGGAUGACAGCUCCACUGUGGCAGAUGAGCCAGGUACUAUUGGAGGACGGUACCAUGACUAUGAAGGCAAUGGGCCCUCUACUUACAGAGUGACAACAUCCUCAGUGUCAAGAGGUAAUGCGCAGCAAGCAAAGAGCUCUGCUACAGUCAGCAGGAACCUGAACAGGUUCUCAACUUUUGUGAAGUCAGGGGGAGAGGCGUUUGUGCUCGGGGAGGCAUCUGGCUUUGUGAAAGAUGGGGAUAAAAUCUGUGUGGUGAUGGGCACGUAUGGUCCAGAGUGGCAAGAGAACCCUUACCCAUUCACCUGCGCGAUUGAUGACCCCACUAAACAGACCAAGUUCAAGGGCAUGAAAAGUUACAUUUCCUAUAAGCUGACACCCACGCACACGCAGAACCAGGUGAACAGGAGGUAUAAGCACUUUGACUGGCUGUAUGCUCGGCUGGUGGAGAAGUUUCCUGUUAUCUCAGUGCCGCACAUUCCAGAGAAGCAGGCCACAGGGCGCUUCGAGGAGGACUUCAUAUCCAAGAGGAGGAAGGGCCUCAUAUGGUGGAUGAACCACAUGACCAGCCACCCUGUCCUGGCCAGGUGUGAUGUUUUCCAGCACUUCCUCACCUGCAACAGCGCAGACGAGAAGGCCUGGAAGCAGGGGAAGAGGAAGGCGGAGAAGGACGAGAUGGUCGGAGCCAACUUUUUCCUCACCAUCAGCCCCCCACCGGCUCCACUAGACUUCCAGGAGGUGGAGAGCAAAAUAGACGGAUUCAAGACUUUCACCAAAAGAAUGGACGACAGCACCUUGCAGCUCAAUGCCACUGUCAACGAGUUUGCCCGAAAGCAGAUCAGUGGCUUCAAGAAGGAGUAUCAAAAAGUAGGGAUGUCAUUUAAGGUCCUCAGCCAAGCCUUCGAAAUGGACCAGCAGGUAUAUUCUGUAGGACUCAACCAGGCUAUCUCCUUCACUGGGGACACAUUUGAAGCCAUCGGAGAAUAUUUUGCUGAGCAGCCGAGCAAGGAUCUCGACCCAAUCAUGGAUUUGUUAGCUCUUUACCAAGGACACCUGGCAAACUACCCAGACAUCAUCCAUGUCCAGAAAGGAGCGCUGACGAAGGUGAAGGAGAGCCAAAAGCAUGUGGAGGAGGGCAAGAUGGACCGGGCGCAGGCGGAAGGCAUCAACGAUCGCUGCAACAUCAUCUCCUGUGCUACGCUGGCUGAGAUCCAGCAUUUCCACCAGAUCCGCGUGCGAGACUUUAAGGCGCAAAUGCAGCACUACCUACAGCAGCAGAUCACCUUCUUCCAAAAAAUCACGGGCAAGCUAGAAGAGGCUCUGCAGAAGUACGACAACGCGUAAUGGAUUGCUCGUCUCGAUCCACUGGUUUAGACUUGGUGAUGAAUGACCACGCACUCCCUUUGUCCAGCCUGCGGCAUCUUGGCAAAGAUCAGCCAGCUCCACACACACACACACACACACACACACGCA